AUGGACAGCGCGACUUUCUCCAGCGCGCACAAGGUCCUCAAUGAGAAGCACCGUAAAGAAAUUGCGGCACACGAGGCCAAGUAUGACCGACUCAAGCAUUCAGCUGAGGACACGCUGAACCGUCUCAGCGACGUAACGAACAGGACAGGGCACCUCGUCAGGGCCCUUGGAUUUAGCGACUUGCAGGAGGCAUGGUUCGUAGUCGACAACGCUGAGCAUGGCACGAAGUACAGUGAUGCGUUAACUCGGAUAGAGGAUCUAGAAAAGGUGCUCCGUCGUACGACAGACGAAAGGGACCAUUUACAGACUCAGCUGGAUGAUGUUGUAAGGCAGAGAAACCAACUCUUGGAGAAGACAAAGGACCUUCCAGCAUCCUCUUCGCCAUCAAGACGUCUACUAGCGGCCCAGCUGAAGGCGCUUCAGUCGCGAUACGAUGACCUCUUGGACAAGAAACAACGCGCCGCUGCAAUAUACAAACGAGACUACACUAAAUGGCGCGACUUCAAGGCAUUCCUGUUUGAUACAGAAUGCAAGGCAAAAUCCAAGAUGGAGGCGGAAAAGGACAACGAGUUUCGACGGAAUAUUUUUAUGCGAUUGGCUGACAAUGGGAAGAUGUGGGAGCAGAUAGGGCCAUUGCUCUAUGCGGACGACGCUUCGUACCCAUACGAGGAUAAGAACUUGUAUCGACAAAACAAAGAGAAUGAACCUGAAUUCACACCAACGCCGAUACCCACGACGAUUUUCCUACCAAACACUUCUGAACGACCUGGAACUCCAAAUUCGGCAUCGCUUCCAGUUGGUCCCUCGAAAACCACGGCUUCAUUGCCGCAAUUAUUCAGCCCAAAGCCCAAUGGUUCCAGCCUUGCGCCAGUGCCUAUGACUACGGCAAUUUUCCCACCAACUCCUUCCAAGCGACCUGGAACUCCAAGUUCACCGUCACCGCUUCCAUCAGCCUCUCUCAUCAAUGGAGUGACUUCAGCCGGUCCUUCGAAGACCACAAUUCCAUCACCGCUAUUAUUCAGCCCCAAGGCUAACGGCUCCAUUCUUGUUCCAAGUUCAUCAGACACGGAAGAGGACUCUCUUGUCGGGGAAUCAAGCCCGACUCCGCAGUCCAAAGUGCUCUUUCAAGGUCGAGCCCCGUUGACAUCACCGUCGGCGCGGCUUUCCAAUGUCCCAAACUUGGAUAUCAAGCGACGCGGACCUCGCUCAACACUCGUCCUCUUAUCAGAGCAAUCCCCAUCGACACCGACGAAACCGAAGACCACCUCGGUGCCACCGCGGAAAGUUCGCCGCCUCAGUCACGAACAUGACAGUCCUCACUCCACGCCAUCUGCACCACAAGGAAAAGGCAAAGAGAAGGAGAAAGCCGCGUCAUCUGUAUCCGCGGCGCGUAACGCCAAACAGACGAACGAUUAUUCGGCGUUCAAGGGUCGUGGACGAUACGCAAAAGAUUCGAAAGAGAAGACGAUCAACGAAACCUUUGCCAUCGAUCCAAACCGGAACAACGGCCUCGACUUCCAGUUUGAUGCUGUUGUCCGCAACAAGGACGAGCGACGAAAACUUCAUGCUGGAGAUUGCGAGUGUUGUCGUGACUACUACGAAGGUGUCGGGCCUCUUCCGAAACGUUUGAAGCAGCCGCUGUGGCGGUCACCAAAGAAGAACGCUACGCCUUCUCCUGUGCGUAGGAAGAAGGGAAUAUCGCGACAUCGGUAUAAUUGGGCGCAGGGUGGGACGCCGCCGGGGUAUUGGGAUAUUGGGUUCCCGGAUACCCAAGAAACGGAGAAUAUCAAUGAGAGGGCGAAGGAGAUGCAUGAGAAGAAGAGGAGGGAGAUUGAGGCCGAGGCUAUGCGUGGAGAUGGAAGGUAUGUUAGAAGGAAGUGACAGAUUUGGUUCUCAGUACAUUACUUUUCCGGAUGUCAUACGCAAUUGUAUAAUAAAUAGCAAGGCACUGUUUCAUUACCUUAUGGUCCCCCUUUAAUAUUUUUACAACGCUAGGCUGCUAAGGGGUGCGAAAUACGG